CCCGUCUGGAGCUGCUGCUGGCUGCUGCAGGCGUGCUAUUUGCGGCAGCGGAGAUACCUCUGCGAAAUGCCUUUUGUGUGCCCGGUGGUGUUUUUUAAGCUUGCGUUUCGUGAGGGUCUGAUCGCGGGGUUCGCAGCCAUGGCCCGUGGGGGAUUCCGCGGCCUGUCCUAGCUGGCUGAGCCGCUGCAGCGGCGGUGGGUCCGGUGCGGGGCACAGCCGGGGAUGAGGCCUACUUGUUAAAGCUCCCCCACCACCCCUCCAUCGCGAUGGCUGAUGAUCAACAACAACCUGGUCAGAAGCCUGCCUCGGGAUUAGGCUCUCUUCCAGCGCUGGUGCCAGGACUCCAGGGGCCCGAGGCUAACGCGUUACAGUUCAAAAUAAAGAAUUCAAUUUGCAAAUCUGUACAAUCAAAAGUGGACGGCAUAUUGCAAGAUGUUGAGAAGUUUACAGACAUCGAAAAACUCUACCUCUACCUUAAGUUGCCUUCUGGUCCCAGCAGUGGCAAUGAUAAAAGGACUGAGAAUGAGAGGGGGUCCUCCACUCCUGGAUUAUGUGAUCAGAGUUCCAUGUCGUCAAGCCGUACUCAACAGAUGUAUGCAUUCAACUGGAUACGCAAUCACCUAGAGGAGCACCCGGAGACGUCCCUUCCGAAGCAAGAAGUGUAUGAUGAAUACAAGAGCUACUGUGACAAUCUUGGCUACAAUCCACUGAGCGCAGCAGACUUUGGGAAGAUUAUGAAGAAUGUCUUUCCCAACAUGAAAGCACGUCGACUGGGCAUGAGGGGCAAAUCCAAAUACUGUUAUAGCGGACUGAGGAAGAAAGCUUUUGUUCACAUGCCAACCUUACCCAACCUGGACCUGCAGAAGUCCGGUGACGGGUGUGAGCUGAUGGAGCCGUCGGGCCAGUCUCCCAGCGCCGAGGAUGAGAUGAGAUCUGCCGCCUGCGGGCUGGUUUGCGAGUGGGCACAAAAGGUCCUCAGUCGUCAGUUUGACAGCGUGGAGGACCUGGCUCGCUUCCUGCUCAAUAGCCACUACAUCGGUACUAAGUCCAUGGCUGCACUCACUGUUAUGACUGGAACACCCACAGCAGGAAUGAAGACCCCAACCCCUGCCUCUGCCUUUGUGCCCACCGCAGAAGCCAACUCAUUCCAGCCCCAGGUGAAGACCUUGCCCUCUCCCUCUGUUGAUGCAAAGCAGCAGUUGCAACGCAAGAUCCAGAAAAAGCAGCAAGAGCAGAAGCUCCAUUCGCCCUUGCCCAGUGAGAGCCAGGUCAAGCGAACAGAGGCCAGCACUCCCGGGCCAACCAUUCCCUGUGGCAGCCCUGCUCUGUUGUCCCCUCAGCCCACCAUAGGAAUCGUAGUAGCGGCUGUCCCUAGCCCAGUCACGGUACAGAGAAGCAGGCAGUUGAUGACCUCACCCAGCCCCGUGGGGACAGCAGAAGGAAAGGUGUUGCCUGUGAACUUCCAAGUGGUCACUCAGUCUCUUAAGCAGUCCCCCAAAACUCCCCAGAACAUCUCGGCUAGUCCUGUGGGCGACCGGCUGGCACGUCACGGUACGCGCUACGCUCAGAUCCUGCCCAAGCCCUCCGCCACCAGUGCCAUCACGCUGCGCUCCCCGCCCGCCCUGCUGAUCACCAACAGCCCCAUAAAAACUGUGAUGCCCACUCCCCACGUCAGCUCGGUCAACGUGGUGAAGAUGACGGCCAUCGCUCUGGCCCCCAGCAGCAGUAACAGCAGCACCAACGUGCGGCCGGCCUCGGCUGGCAUGAGCACCACCGCUGCUCUGGACGAUUCCCAGCACUCACAGGGAGGAGGUUUGCUGACCCCCCAGUCUCCUGCAGUCAGACCGUGUGCCCAGCUAAUAACCCCAGCCCUCUCCACGGACAGCAAAGGGGUGUCCGAAGCUGGGAGUGACAAUAACUCCACGUCCGGCACAGACAAACAUGCUGUCGUAGCCAAAGAGGAGAGAGUGGCUAAGUUCAGGGCUGCCAGUGAGCCAAGCUUCCUUGUCAAGUGUUCUCCAGGACCAGACAAAGGCGUAAGAAUAAAAAGUGACUCCACCUCCCCGCCCACCUCUGUAGCUGGAUGUCAGGACAGCAAUAACAGUAACUGCCAUGACAGUACCUUGUACUUGACUGUUGAUAAUCAGAACUCCAACACAUCAUCCAAUGGCUCGUCUGCUGUUACCCCAUCAACCAAGGACCCCUGCUCAGAUGCCAAGAGCCCGAGGAAGCGCACAGCCGGGGAGUCCCACGUCAUUCCUGUCAAGAGGGUGUUUAUCUCCCAGCAGCCCGUUGCCGUAAACGACAAUCCCAAACCCGGGGUCAGUGCUGCAGUGAAGAGGAUUCCCAGGCCAGGAACCCCUGCGAGACCAGAGAGUGCCCCCUGCAAAGGGACUGUGAAACACACUUCUGUUGGGCCCCCGCAGAUCCUUGCACUCAGUGAUGCUCCCAUCACGCACACAGAGGGAACCCAGACCGCUGUGAAACAGCAGGACCUGGCGGUGAAACACGAAGACCACGCCAUGGCCAUCGAGGCUAACGCCGGAGGGGCCGGAAACAGCGCGGCCGAUCAGGCGUUGCUGCAGCAGAUCACCGGGGACCCUCGUGCCAUACCAGCCAACUCAGGACCACACCAAGCCUCCGUGAUGAGUGAUUUAAAGAGCACAAUGUGGGAGACGCAGCAGUUACCAGCAGACCACAAACAAGCCCCGUCUGACCAGCUCUCCAUGAUGAGCCAACCCUCGGAGGCCCCGGGCCAACUCACCCUCACCCAGGAGAUGGUGGACUUUGCAGGCUCUCAAGCCAACAUGGACUAUUUCCCGUUCAACGACGAUGACAUGACCCAGGACAGCAUAGUGGAAGAGCUGGUUCAGAUGGAGGAGCAGAUGAAGCUGAAAGGGCUGUUUGCUAACUGCGUGGACGUGUCCCUGCAGAGUCAGUCAGCCAGUAGUCAAAGCACCAUCCUCAGCGCUCACCAGGCCAGCACCGCCUUCUUCCACUCCGCCCACAGCAGCACCACUCCCGUCCAAACCCCCACCCCAACGCCCACACCCACGCCAACCAGAGAGAGCCCCUGCUCCCGCAUGGCUCCCAUCACCCCCGUGGACGGAGCCAUGGGCCGCCACACCCCCAUCAGCACGCCGCUGUCCAACUGCAGCAGCAGCGUGCCGCCCAGCCCGGUGGAGUGCCGCAACCCUUUUGCUUUCACUCCCAUCAACUCGAGCAUCACGGGUUACCAUGAUGCCAGUAUCGUCUCCAGCAGCCCCGUGAAGCCCAUGCAGAGGCCCAUGGCAACGCACCCCGACAAGGCCAAGCUGGAGUGGAUCAACAACCGCUACAACAGCAGCAGCUCGGCCGGCCCUUUGUCCAACCAUAGCAUAGGCAUUUUGCCCAGCUACCAAGACCUAGUAGACGAUCAGUUUCGUAAGCCUCAUGCUUUUGCAAUCCCUGGCCAGUCUUUUCAGUCUCAGACCAGACAGGACGCUGCUCACUUUGGCCGCUUGACCCCCAUUUCUCCGGUUCAGCAGCAGCAGCAGCAGCAGCAUAUGGCGACAGGUGUUAGUACUCCAACCAAACAGGAAAGCUUUGCCGUUCCUGCACCGCUGGACGGCAAGGCCUCCACCUCGUCUACGUCCAGCACUUUCCGUUGCCGCAGUGUCAGCCCGGCCGUGCGGCAGAGGAACUUCAGUGGAAACACCGGCCCUCAAACCACCACCACAAGCACCACCACCACAACCAGAGCCGUGGUCUCACCAUUCAACUCCCCCAUCACCUCAGAGGUGCUGAGCAUCCUCUCCAACAGCCAGACAGUCAGCUCUGUCCACAGCAUGGUCCAGCGCAGCCAGUCUGUGCCCCUGAACAUCAUGAUGCAGAGCGAGAUGCUGCCCGUGCAGGGUCAGGGGAACACCGCCAAGAUCACCAACGUUCUCCUCAGCAAGAUGGAAUCGGACGGGGACGAUUCCGUGCGUGGCCUGGGCAUGAACAACCUCCCCUCCAACUACACGGCCCGCAUGAACCUCACGCAGAUCCUGGAGACGACCCCCAGCUUCGCAGGGGGAGCCGCACACCAGGCGCAGCUGCCGGCCGGCUCCAACCCCGCCGACUUCCAGCUCCAGCAGCACGGCUAUCUCACCACGGGCAGCGGAGAGCAGGUGAGUUUCCCCAGCGGGGACGGCCAAGCACAAGCGGGCCCUGGCGAUCAAGACCAGCAGCAGCAGCAGCAGCAGCUCCAGGAGGACCCCGUGCAGACCCAGCCCCAGCUCCUCCUCCAGAGCACGCAGCAGCAGGAGGCGGAGGACGAACAGCAGCAGCUGGACUUCAACAACACUGUCAAGGACCUGCUGGGAGAGGACGGCCUCAACCCCAGCUCCCAGCUGGUCGGCCAGGUAGCUUCGGAGCUCAAUGCCGUGGCGUCCGACUUCUCAAACGACAUCAGACUGACCUCAGAUCUGUCCAGUAGCAUCACUGACCUUAACACUUUGGACACCAACUUGCUGUUCGAUCCCAAUCAGCAGCAGGAACAAUAUGAAGACUCAACACUGGAAGAACUGAAGAACGACCCGCUUUUUCAGCAGAUAUGCAGUGAUACUGUGAACUCUGGUUUUGACUGGCUAGAAAGCAAAGACCAGCCCACAACAGUAGAGAUGCUGGGGUAACGUUACCUUCUGACCUGUAUUAUUUCUGUUCUUUGUUGUUUGAAUUGAUGCAUAUGUAGUACCUGUUUUUACACCAUAGUUUGUUGGGAUUCGUCUGGACUUUGCCAUUUGUUCUGUUCAAAGUGCCAGGCUUAACCAGAAAAUCUCUCCUGCUGAUGUUUAGUUACUUCCCUCCUCUAUUGUUUUGUCACCCAGAGUUUCAGUAUUUAACCACUUUAUUCCCUCGUCUGAAUUCAGAAAUGUAAGCAUUUCAAGUAAAGAGUGAGCGCUCAGCGGCGGCACACACUUACAAAGAGCAUCUAUGUGUGCCGCGGACAGUGAGAUAAGGAUAAUCUUCAAAUAAUGCAAUAUUUGUACUUCAUGAACAAUUAAGGAAAGUGAGGUGGAUAGGAAAUCUGGCACAAGACUUCACCAAAAACUGUUGUGUACUAUUUUCAACGUGUGCAGUUCAAGUUCAACCAAAUGGAGACAAUAUUGGUAUUGUAGUAUAUGCACAUAAUAAUUGUAGUACGUUUGCCUGCCAUAUCUAAAUAUUAAAAAGGGUAGCAUCUUAGGCUGCCAGGUGCUGAAUUUCUGACAUAAUCUUUAUACUUUAUCAUAAACCAAAUCAGUGAAAAACUGAUUCACAUCUGAGCAUUGUCCAAGAGUGAAAUUUUCUUAAGCCUAUACUUCUUGUACUGUUUAAUAUCUUAUAAAGGGAGUAGAUGAGUCGGUAAGGAGAAGAUGGGGAUUCAGGCCACUUUGUGGACUAUAAUUGAAAGGAAUCAACAACUGGCUGCCUUAUUCCCAAAGUUCAAGGCCUUACGCCAUCUUUAGAAAGACUGUAUAUAGUUCAACGUUAAGAUAUCUUCAGAACCAUCCUGAGCUUCAUCCUAUCAAGGCAGCUGUUACUCUGAUAUUUUCCGCACUAUUUUUUUUCUUCUGUUUUUGUUUCCCAGUGUUACAGUAAAGAUGCGCAUUGUACAGGCUGACGAUUACACUGUGUGUGCCCUUAUCAGUUGUGUUAGAAAGAUUUGCUAUGCUGUCAUUUCAUUAAAAAGAAAAAAACGUGGCAGGCACACUUUCAGUCAUGAGAUUAAAAAAAAGAAGGUUUUUUUUGUUUUUUUGUUUGUUGGGCAUGCUACACUCCCAGCAUGGAUCACAAUAUCAAUGGUAUGGAGACGGCUUCGCUACACGAGCGGCCUAGAGGCCGUAUGUUUUGAUGUCAUCUAGAGAUCAAGAGGAAAUUAUGUUUGGAGAGAUCUGGCCUUAUGUCCAUACCAAAGAAAAUUUUCUUUUUUUCUUUUGGAAAUCAAAGAGAUUUUUACACAUAAAAACACUCCACGAUAACGUUAACAACAGUGGGAAGCAGGCACGCAGCCUCCGAGAUAUAAGAGACUUCUAUUGCAUUUGAGGAAAAGGAAUCAGUUGCGUGAAACUUGUGUACAAAUUUGUAAAUUUGUGAAAUGGUCACCGUCCUAUGUUUUAUAGGUAACCAUGGACCUGAAAGCAUGUUGAAACCAUCACUGCAAGCCAGGUAGGCUAUGUGAUACAGUAGGAUGCUUGCUUGAGUUUUUGGCUAUUGUCAAUGUUGUAUAAGUCAUGUUUAAGCUCCAUCUGUAAAUAGGAUAGAUGCAUAGAGAUUUGAUGUAUCAAGACACUAUAUUAUGGCCAUUAUUCUAGCUAAGUAUGUGCCAUUUAAAAGAAAAAAAAAGCUUAACAGAUUUAUAGUCGGCAAGAUACUGUAUGUUGUGUGUUACAUUUCUGGCUCAAUGUGUCGUAACAGUAAUGCUGUCUGGUCUCGCUUGCUGAUUUUACUUUUUUUUUUUUUUUUUUUCCUAUUCAAAGGUAAUAGGUCUCUGCAGUUGCAGAAUUGGUGUGUGCUUUGAGCAGGAUCAAUAGCAUGGUAUGUUGAGGAAAAAAAGUUGUGAUACUGUUAGCUGGUUGCAGACAUCUGUGACAGACAUUGUGCUCAAAGUCUUUCAGCAGACACUGGAAAAAAAAAAAAAGAAUAACUCAUAUUUCAACAAACUUUGGAGGUUCACAUUAUUGCACUAAAUUUUUAUGACACGUGGCUUUGACACAUCCUUAUGGACAAAUGUAAUGAUGGAUGCCCGCAAAAAGAAAAAGGAUAUUUUUUAUGACAAGAUGAGUAGGGAAAUAAAAUGGAUUGUCAGAAAAUGACUAAUUGUCUUGUAGCAAAAUGUGCUUUAAUCUCAGUGAGAUACACAUUUCUAACUCAUUCUCAUACAUGAGAAUACAAAGCAUUGAGGGAAAAAAAAGUUAAAUAACCUUUUAAAACCUACAUGCUCAUUAUGUUGAUAAAUGAUUGUACACACGCAUGUGUGAUGACUUCUGUUGUACUUUGUAUUCUUGGUAACCACUGUCUUCUGUGAUUUGGGCAGGUUCUGUUAACCAGACUUGCAGUGCUAGUGUCAUGAGUUACAUUUCUUUUUUUUGUGUGUGCGGUUUACUAAGUUAAUGUUCUAUAUGUUUAUUUUAAUGACUAUUUUCUGAUGACUUUUCAUUUCCUUUUUUUUUUUUUUUUUUUUUUUUUUUUUUUUUUACCUAAAUGCAUUUGUAAAGAAAAUUUCCAUUUCCUCAUUUUUUUCCUUAACAAUAAGGCACUGAUAUUUGAAUUUGAAUGAAGGAAAUGCACCUCUUUAUGAUUACAGAAGCUCCAUCAAGCAGUGAUUCUGAUUCUUUACCUUUUGACAAACCCAACUCUGUUUGACUAUCUUGUCCAUUUCUACCAGUAGAAAAAAACCCUCCUCUGUGGUGUUGUCUGGUGUUCUGCUUCAUGUACAGUAGCUUGUUAAUAUUGCAAACACGUUGUUUCUUUUUUCAAUGGAAAGUACUCACUGGUGAGAUUUUUAAAGUGGUUUUAAAAGCCAAUAAACCUUUUUUAAAGAA